AAGAAGACGCGGCGGCCGGGCUGGGCUGAAAGGAACGGCUGCCUCUCCUCCCUUCCCUUUAUUUUCCGCCCCCGGACACCCCCACCCUUUUUAUUUAUUGCUACCGUUGCUAUUAUUUAUCAAUGUGUCGUUAUUAGUAUCGCUAAUACCCGCCCCCGUUUCCUUUAGCCCCCUUUUUUUUGCCUUCCCCCUCAACGGGGGGUUGGUCGGGGGGCGCCGGGGAGGAGAAGGAGGAGGAGGCGAGGCGGAGAAGCGCCUUCCUGGCCUAGCAGAGAUGCUGCCCUCCCGGCUGGUGCCUGCCUGCCUCCUCCUGGCUGCGCUGCUCUGCGGACGGGUCCGCGCUGCCCGAGUUAACAAGCACAAACCGUGGAUUGAAACAACUUACCAUGGCAUAGUUACAGAAAACGACAACACAGUACUGUUGGAUCCCCCAUUAAUAGCACUGGAUAAGGAUGCACCUCUCCGUUUUGCAGAGAGUUUUGAGGUGACAGUCACCAAAGAAGGUGAGAUUUGUGGGUUUAAAAUCCACGGCCAAAAUGUCCCUUUUGAAGCGGUGGUGGUGGAUAAAUCCACCGGGGAGGGGAUGAUCCGAUCCAAAGAGAAACUGGACUGUGAGCUGCAGAAGGACUACACGUUCACCAUCCAGGCCUAUGAUUGUGGGAAGGGCCCAGACGGAGCAAAUAUGAAGAAAUCCCACAAAGCAACGGUGCAUAUCCAGGUGAACGAUGUCAACGAGUAUGCCCCGGUGUUUAAAGAGAAGUCCUACAAAGCCGCCGUUAUUGAGGGCAAGAGGUAUGACAACAUCCUGAAAGUGGAAGCGGUGGAUGCCGACUGCUCUCCCCAGUUCAGCCAGAUCUGCAGCUAUGAAAUCGUCACACCGGAUGUUCCCUUUGCUAUUGACAAGGAUGGUUACAUUAAGAACACAGAGAAGCUGAACUACGGCAAGGAGCACCAGUAUAAGCUCACCGUGACAGCCUAUGACUGCGGGAAGAAGAGAGCUGCCGAGGACGUGCUGGUGAAGAUUAGCAUUAAACCUACAUGCAAGCCAGGCUGGCAAGGCUGGAGCAAAAGAAUGGAGUACGAACCUGGAACUGGCUCCCUCGCUCUCUUCCCCAACAUCCAUCUGGAGACAUGUGAUGAGCCCAUCACCUCCGUGCAGGCCACAGUUGAGCUGGAGACCAACCAUAUUGGGAAGGGCUGUGACCGAGAUACUUACUCUGAGAAAUCCCUUCACAGGCUCUGUGGUGCUUCCUCUGGCACGGCUGAGCUGCUUCCUCCUCCAAGCAGCACAGCGAACUGGACGAUAGGCCUUCCGACUGACAACGGCCAUGACAGCGACCAGGUCUUCGAGUUCAAUGGCACCCAAGCCGUGAAGGUCCCAGACAACAUUGUCACUGUCAACAUGAAAGAGCCUUUUGUGAUUUCGGUGUGGAUGAGGCAUGGGCCUGGGGCCAGGGAGAAGGAGACCAUCAUCUGCAACUCAGACAAGACAGAUAUGAACCGGCACCACUAUUCCCUCUAUGUGCACAAUUGCCGUCUCGGGUUCCUCUUUCGCCAAGAUCCUUCGGAGGGGCAGAGUUACAAACCAGCAGAAUUCCACUGGAAGCUGAACCAGGUGUGUGACAAGGAAUGGCAUCACUAUGUCCUCAAUGUCGAAUUUCCAGCAGUGACCCUGUACGUGGACGGAGUUUCCUUUGACCCUCUAUCAGUGACAGAAGACUACCCGCUCCAUCCCUCCAAAAUAGAAUCCCAGCUGGUGGUCGGAGCCUGCUGGCAAGAAUAUACAGGAAAUGAGAAUGACACAGAAAAAGCGACCGAGACUCCUGCAGGUGGAGAGCUCCGCAUGGCUCAGUUCUUCCGAGGCAACUUGGCCGGCUUAAUGAUCCGCUCUGGUAAACUGGAGAACAAGAAGGUGAUUGACUGCCUUUACACCUGCAAGGAAGGACUGGAUUUACAGACCUCAGAUGGCGUCGGCAAAGGCCUGAAGAUCCACAUGAACCCGAGCCAGUCAGUGUUGAGCUUGGAAGGAGACGACAUUGACCGGUUUGACAAGGCCAUGCAGCACAUCGCCUACCUAAACUCCCGCCAGUUCCCCACACCUGGGAUCCGGAGGAUCAAGAUCACAAGCACCGUGAAGUGUUCCAACGAUGAAGCCUGCAUCGCCAUCCCCUUUGUGGACGGCUACAUCAUGGUCCUGCAGCCUGAAGAGCCCAAGAUCAGCCUGAGUGGCAUCAACCACUUUGCCCGCUCGGCUUCGGAGUUUGAGAGCCCCGAAGGGGUCUCCCUCUUCCCCGAGCUUCGCAUCAUCAGCACCAUCACGCGGGAGGUUGAGCCGGAGGGGGAGGGAGAUGAGGACCCCACAGUCCAAGAAUCACUGGUGUCUGAGGAGAUCAUGCACAACUUGGAUACCUGCGAGGUUACGGUGGUUGGUGAUGAGCUCAGCCAGGAGCAAGAGAGCCUGGAGGUUGACAUGAUCCGGCUGCAGCAGAAGGGGAUGGAGAUGAGCACUUCCAACCUGGGCAUGAUCAUUACCGGGGUUGAUACUAUGGCCAGCUAUGAGGAGGUUUUGCACUUGAUACGCUACCGCAAUUGGCACGCCGUGUCUCUGUUUGACCGCAAGUUCAAGCUGGUCUGUUCGGAGCUGAACGGGCGCUACGUCAGCAAUGAAUUUAAAGUGGAGGUGAACGUGAUCCACACCGCCAACCCCAUGGACCAUGCCAGCCACAUCGCAGCGCAGCCUCAGUUUGUCCAGCCCGUCCACCAUUCCUUUGUCGACCUCUCUGGCCACAACCUGGCUAGCCCUCACCCAGGAUUUUCAGUGGUCCCAAGCACUGCCACUGUUGUGAUUGUGGUCUGCGUCAGCUUCCUAGUAUUCAUGAUCAUCCUGGGCGUGUUCCGGAUCAGAGCUGCCCACCAGCGGACGAUGCGGGACCAGGAUUCUGGGAAGGAGAACGAGAUGGACUGGGACGACUCAGCCUUGACCAUUACUGUCAACCCCAUGGAGACAUACGAGGACCAGCACAGCAGCGAGGAGGAGGAGGAAGAGGAGGAGGAGGAGAGCGAGGAUGGGGAGGAGGAGGACGACAUCACCAGCGCCGAGUCCGAGAGCAGUGACGAAGAGGAGGGGGAGCGGGAAGAGGACCAGCAGAAUGUGAACAGGCAGCAGCAGCUAGAAUGGGAUGACUCCACGCUCACCUAUUGAUCCCAGCUCCUUCCGCUGUUGUAUGUCUGUCUCUGUCUGUCUCUCUGUCUCUCUCCUUUGUUCUUCCGCCCUAGAAGACUCCACAGCAAAACCACUCCAUCGCUCCUGAAAAUCCAUGGCGUGAAGAGAGUCGGUUGGGCCCCCAGAGCUGACCAACAACACACACCCCUCCCUAGACCCCCUGUCCUGGUGUCCUGUCUCUUCUUUCCUGGCUAAUCUCGCCAAUCAAAAUCUCGCACCUCUAGAAAUUUAUUUAGUACCUAUUUCUCCCUCGCCUCACAAUGACUGGAUUAUUUUUAUUUCUAUUCUGCAAGGAACUGCCUUGUGCUAUCUGUCUCUCUCACUCACACACUCCUUGUGUCAUCUCAUUUAAGGGACAUGACCAGCCCUCUAGUCAUUGCACACGCUAGACCAUGAUUUUGAGGGUUUUUUUAAUCUUAUUUUUGGUCCGGCACUAGGCUUCCGGCAUCGUUUCUCAUGCUUUCUUGUUGGGGUGGUUGAGUGUAAAAUAGUAAUAAUAAUAAUAAUGCCAGGAUCCUUCUCUCACAAAAAGAUUAACUUUUUAAAAACCUUUGGGUCGGAUUUAUUAUUUUUAUUAUUAUUAUUUUGUGGCUUGUUACAUCCCUGUGAUGAUUCUUCUUCUUCUUCUUCUUCUUCUUCUUCUUCUUCUUCUUCUUCUUCUUCUUUCUUCCUUCUUCUUCUUUUUAAAUGCAUUUCUUUUCCUCCUCCUGAACUCUAGUGCAUGUGUAAAGUGGCAGAAUGAGGUUAACUAUGUUAGAAGAUUUAACAGACUUUUUAAUAUUUUGUAAAUAAUCUUGGAAUUAUGUAAUUACGUCAUUUGUGGUAGUGAAAACGGGGAAAGGGGGGAGGGGGGGACACAAGCCAUGCUAGGGUUUUAAAAUAAAAAAACAUGCCGCAUGAUGUAAUAAUAAGGUUUUGGGUUUUCCUCCCCCCAAAAAAAUUCCUGCAGCAGCAGCAUGGGGCAAGUUUAAUUAGCGUAGAGGAAAAGCUAACGAUGAUCCAAUGGCCUUGGAUUAGACUGCCAUCUUCAGUCUGGCCCAACUCUACUGAUGGGUUUCUCCCCUUUUUAUUUUAUUUUUUAAUAUUUCGUUGUGGGAGGGAGGAGGCAAAACGUGAUUUGACCAUGAAGGCAUCUUCAUGGACCCCCUCUUUCUCUGGGUCCAACUGUCCUGCCUCUUGCAUUCUGGGUCCUGGUCUGUUUCAGUUUUAGGGACAGUAAGGUGGGCUGGCCAGAUCACACAAUUUCUUUUGCACAAAGGGAGACAGCCCAGUUGGACCACUUGGGCCUGGUGCUCUCUCUGGGUUGCACACUACUAGUCACGCAGGUGGCUCGGUUGAUUGUAAAAGGACAGUGUCACAGGAAGGGUGCUUCUGUCUUGACUGCCUGUCUUAAGUCGUGAACCUGAACAUUUUGGAGAGGAGGGGGGGUCAAGUCGACUUUCCUUGCUGGCAUCAUUCCAGUUUGUUUGUUUUUAAACAAAAACAAAUGAACACUCCUGUCCAUUCCCUGUAGCUCCUUGGGUACAGUUAACAUGGGGACGUUGGGUCUCUUUUUAUUAAGCUUCCGUUCUCUUCUUUCAGUCGUUGUUUACACUGAACAUAUGUGCUACCUUCCUGUCAAAACUAGGGCAUAAGCUAUUCCCAGUGGUGACCUUGUGAAUACUCUUUAAUUAAGCAGUUUAGUCCACAAGCUUUGGAGACGGGGUAGGGGGUUGUUGGUGGGAAGACUGUGCCCAGUAAAAUUUUGUGCCCGGAUUUGGAAGGGACCGGAGUGGUUUUCCGAAAAGCAAGUUAUGACCCCGAUGGCAGUGGCGAGUGCUGGGCUUUUCAUUAGGCAUGUGGUCCUCCCUCUCCUCUGCUUUAACUUUUUAACAAUUACUAUUCCUUGAUAGAGCCUCGGGUUUAUUGCUUUUACAGUUGAUUUAUUCCCUGAGGGGGUGUUCUACUGAAGCUUUUCUUUGUUGUGUGGGUUGCCUGCUAAGGUGAGCCAAGUUCUGACUGGCUGCUUUGCAUGAGAAAAAAAAAAUCUGGCUGCUUUGCAGUUUUAGGCAAAUAGAACAGGAGUUUGAGCAUUGGAUUCAGCAGGGCCAGGGGAGAAUGUUGGCUGCUGGCAUGUCUGUUUGUGGGGGGCUUGGUCCAGGUGGUUGGAGACAGCAGUGAGGAAAUAGAGUGAGACCUCCCCUCAUUGGUAGAGUGUCUGCUUUGAAUGCAGAAGGGCUGCAGCUUCAAUCCCCUGUGGCAUCUCCAGGUAGAGCUAGGGAUGUCCCUCCUGAAAGUCCUGAGAAGGCACUGCCAGUCAGUGCAGGCAUUACUGAGCUAUAUGGCUGGCUUGGUAUAAGGCAGCUUCCUACAAGAUGCUCCUGCACCUUGCAUUUUAAAUCUCUUACUACCUAGAAGCAGGGUUUAUUUUUGCGUAGGGAUGGAAACCUUGCAGCACUCCCGAUGUAGCUGGGCUCCUGCCCCACAGCCAGCAUGACCAGUGGUCAGGGAGCUGUGUCUGCAGGGGCAGAGUCCCCAUCCCUCAGUUAGAGGAAAGUCUCUCUGGAGUGCCUUUCACAAUAGGGUGGACCCGACGGUAGGGAAAGGCUAAGCCCUGAACAACUCGGCUCAUUCCUGCUCCCUUUUUUUUGGGGGGGGUUUAAUUGCAAAAUGUUAAGGGGCAAGGAAGUUGGUUUUGACCACUGUUACAAGUGCUAGUUUGAAGUAAAACAAAACAAAACGGGAAAACUUUUAACUUAUGUCCAAGUUGCCCUGUGCUUUAAAUGUCACUGUGUAGAGAAGAUUCCUUAACCCUCUUUUUCAUGAUACCAUCACUGUAGCAGCUGUAUUUUAGAGACUGUAAACCUGAUCAUGACUCUCUCUCUCUCUCUUUUAAAUGCUAAUGCUGAAAGGUUGUACACUUUUUCUGAUGCAGUAUGUAGCCAUCAUGGAUCUAACAUUUCGGAUGUGUAUAUUGGUAAAUAGGUCAAGUUGGGGGGGGGGGAGUCUGAGCUACAAUAAAUUUCUGGUUCUAAAUUUUUCUUUUGUUACUGUCUAGCUUUCUGCCUCUUUGUUAGGCCUCUGAGCUGAUUUCUUUCUGCCUAGCAACUGAAUGCAUUUUUUAAAAUCCUCUACUGUUUUGGAAACAAAAUGUGUAAGCGUUUUUCUGACAGGGCUUCUUAAAAGAAAUGGAGGCUAUAAACAUUGCACCUUGGUAACAUAGAUUUGGAAGCAGGAUCUGACGAGUGCUUGUACAGGUAAAGGCCGUAGCUCAGUUGUAGAGCAUCUGCCUUGCAAGGUAGGUCUUUGAGAAGUUUUGGUUCCAGAAAAGGAAAUGUAAGUUUACCAAAAGU